UGUGACGCAGAUAAAAAACAUGCUUUAAAUUCCACUUGUGCACGGUAAACUCUGCAGAUUUGUAAAUAAGUAUAAACAUAUAACACAAUCGGCUUGAGCUAUUAUGCACCGCAUUAUACGUUGCAGUUUUCACGCGGAAACGGUUCCGAGUGAAAUAAAUUAAUUCAUUGCGAUAUUGUUGUACAUUAUAUUGACGUUUUAAAUUUAAAAUCGGUCACCAUGAUUUCUUGUCUGAUCGGUUUUUUGUUCGACACAUCCGUUAUCAGUGCAAUCGUGGCCAUCGCGGCGUUUCUUUACUAUUAUUCGACCAACACGCACGACAAGUGGCAAAAGUUGAAUAUACCCCAUGACCGACCGUGGCCGCUUGUAGGCAACACGGUGAAGAUGUUGACUUUGAUCGAACAUCAGUUGGCCACUAUCGAUGGAAUCUAUAAACGGUUUGCCGACAAAAAAUACUGCGGUUUUUAUCACAUGAAGACGCCGUUCCUGAUGAUCAGAGAUCCAGAGCUGAUCAAUAAUAUAUUGAUUAAGGAUUUCUCGUACUUCCCGGAUCGAGGUUUCCACAAGGAUCCAGCGUUAAAUAUAAUUGCUAAUGGGUUAUUCUUCCUGGAAGGGUCUAAGUGGAAGACGAUGAGACAGAAACUGAGCCCGGGGUUCACGUCAGGCAAGCUGAAGCUCACCCACGACCAGAUAGUGGCGUGCAGCGAUGAGCUGAUGCGAUUUAUCAAGAAUAAAAUGAUUGAAAACAAUCAGAUCGAAGUCAAGGAGACCAUGGGAAAGUACUCGACAGACGUCAUCGGGACGUGUGCAUUUGGUUUGAAACUGGACACAGUCAAAAACGAGGAUUCUGAUUUCCGGUCGAACGCCCGGAAAAUAAUGAAGAUGAACUUCCGGUUCUUGUUGACCGAAACGGUAUCACCAAAAAUAUUGAAAUUUUUGGGGAUCUCCGAAAUUUCACCCGAAGCUACUUCAUUUUAUACUUCGGCAUUCAGAGAGGUCAUCAAAUACAGGGAAGAAAACGGCAUAAUCAGACAUGACGUUGCACAGAGCUUAAUAGAAGCGAGAAAAGAGUUGGUGCUUAAUUCAACUGAUGAAAAUAAAUUUAAAGAAGAGGAUAUUAUUGCGAAUGCGAUCAUGAUGUUUUUGGCCGGUUUUGAACCCGUGUCUUCCACGUUGAGUUUCUGUUUGUAUCAGUUAGCACUUAACCAACACGUCCAGGACAAAAUGCGUGACGAAAUGAAUUCAAAUUUGGAACAACACGGAAAACUGAACAAUGAUUUUUUGGUGGAUCUUCAUUAUACCGAUAUGGUUUUGGCAGAAACUGGACGUAUGUACGCAGUGACAAACGCGCUGUUUAGAGAAGCUGUGAACACAUAUCACGUACCUGGCGGCAAGCUGGUGAUCGAAAAGGGAACCAAGAUCAUGAUUCCUUUUCACAGUAUUCAUCACGACCCAAAGUAUUACCUCGAUCCGUAUACCUUUGACCCGCAAAGGUUUUCACCGGAAGAAAAGGCGAAACGAUCAUCUGGUACUUACUUCCCGUUUGGCGACGGACCGCGAUUUUGCAUAGGAAAACGAUUCGCUGAAUUAGAAAUGAAAAUGGUUUUGUCACAAAUAUUGACGACAUUUUAUGUAUUGCCAUGUGAAAAAACUGAAGUUCCGCUUAAGCUACAAAAUGGAUUACCUAUGAUGGUGGCCAAAAAUGGCAUUUGGUUACGUUUUCAAUCCAUUUCUUAAUGAAUUCCCAAAGUCUAUAAUGAUUAAUGAUUAUAUACUCUGAAUACUAUAUAAGGCAAUAAUAAUAACUAUUACAAUACAUAUAUUGUUGCAUUAACCUUAAAUUUGAUUGUAAUUGUAAUAAAUUACUUAAUAUUUUUUAUUAUAAAUGUCCAUUCAGAUAAUUCUUGUACUAUAUUGGUAAUUAUAACUUUGCAGAAAUAAAAAUCUUAAUGUUGAAACACCA